AUGAUACCAACAUGGAGUCUUUUCCCAAUGACGCUUAGUUUUGGGAUUUGGAAUGUUAGGGGCUUUAAUCAGUCUCCUAAGCAAAGAGAAAUCAAAAAGUUAAUUCAGUUGAAUAAUUUGAUUUUAUUAGCUGUUCUUGAGCCUCAAGCCAGUUUUAGUAAACUUGAAGAGAAGUGUGAUAAGAUAUUUGGAUCAUGGAAGUGGAUUGCUAAUAAAGGAAGUUUUGGUCUUACUUCCCGUAUUAUCAUUGGGUGGAAUUCUAGUCUUUUUGAUGUUAAUUUGAUUGAUCACAAUGAUCAAGUUUUUCAUUAUAAAGUUAGCUUUCCUCUUAACAAUAAAUAUGUUUUUUGUUCGAUUGUCUAUGCUGCUAACAAGUACAUUGAUAGAAGAUCCUUAUGGUCUGCUCUUGUUCAUCAUAAAGGCUUAGUUCGUGAUGAUCCCUAG